GGCUGUGGCGGGGAACGCGGCAGUGCCGGGGGUGCAGUGACCGCGGCCAACGGCCUCGGGGCCGUCAUAUCCCCGUACCUGCUUUUCCCUCCCCGGUCCGCCUUUCCCUCCCGGGGCUGCCAGCCCCCCGUUCCCGCCCUUCCCUCCGCGGUCCGCCUUUCCCAGUGUGCUUGCCUUUCCCUCCCGGUGCCGCUAUCCCCACCGUGUGCGCCUUUCCCCUUAGUGCCGACACCCCCUGGUGCCGCUACCCGCCCUGUGUCUGCUUUUGCCCCCCGGUGCCGUCAUGCCAGGCCCACCCUGCGGGUCCCUGCUCGACUACAAGACUGCCAAAUUCUCGCUGACGCGGAACCGGCGGGUGGGGCUGCUGCACCGGCUGCUGCAGCUGAGCGCACUUGGCUACUUGCUGGGGUGGGUGCUGCUGCUGCGGAAGGGGUACCAGGAGCGCGAUGCGGCCCCGCGUGUCGCCAUGGUCACCAAGGUGAAGGGGGCGGCGGCCGCCGAGGCCGCGGGCCGGCGGCUCUGGGACGCUGCGGAUCUCACCUGGCCCCCGCAGGGAGAAAAUGUGCUCUUCCUGGUGACCAAUUUCAUUGCCACAAUCCAGCAAGCCCAAGGCACCUGCCCCGAGAGCCCCUCUGUCCUUGACGGGAUGUGCACAGAAGACGCAGAUUGUCCCAUGGGAAACCCUGUGGUCCAUGGCAAUGGGAUAAAAACCGGGAAAUGUUUGAUGUUCAAUGCCACCUGUUCCACCUGUGAGAUCUAUGGCUGGUGCCCUGUGGAGAAUGGCACCCUGCCCAGGAAACUUCUUCUGGCCGAGACGGAGAAUUUCACUCUUUUUAUAAAAAAUACUGUCCACUUCACCAAAUUUAACUUCUCCAAGUGCAACACUUUACAAACUACUGACCCCAGCUAUUUCAAGACCUGCACAUAUGAUCCAAUCUUCAACCCCUCCUGCCCUGUGUUCCGUGUCCGUGACAUGGUGGAGGCAGCUGGAGAGAACUUUGGAGACCUUGCACUACUGGGGGGAAGCAUCAGAGUUCUUAUCGAGUGGAACUGUGACCUGGACCGUGCUGCUGCCCAGUGCCAGCCACAGUACUCCUUCAGCCUGCAGGACACAAGGUACAAUUUCAGAACUGCCUCCUACUACUGGGGCUCUCAGCAGCAGCUCUACCGGAACUUGCUGAAGCUUUACGGGAUCCGCUUUGACGUCUCCGUGCACGGCCAGGCUGGGAAGUUCAGCAUUGUUCCUACUGCCGUGAGCUUUGGCACCAGCAUCGCCUUCUUUGGUGCUGCUACAAUGGUCUGUGACCUGGUUCUGCUCUACCUGGAUGCAAAGGCUGACCUUUAUUGGAAGGAGAAGUUUGAGGAGAACCCCACAUGAAGAGAGGCGCUGAAUGGUGCCAGUGCCGCGGCAGCCGCAACUACCCACACAGUGGUGGCGGGGACCACGUGGCCAGUGACGAAAACAUGGCGAGUGAUUCCCCGAUACAGAACUUAGAUGAGAUCAACUUCUCAGCACUGCGAAAUCUUGCAAAAAUCUUUGAACUGGAAUUUGUUGGCAAUGGUACUUACAAGCAGCAAAUUUUUUUCCUCCUAGUCGGAGAAAGAGGAGGAAGUGAGGACAUGUGGAGAAAAACAAUAUGGUGACACCAAGGUCAGUGGAAAGAAAGAGGGAGAGGAGGUGCUCUAAAUGUCAGAGUUGAGAUUUCUCUGCAAGCUGUGGUGAGGACUAUAAUAAACAAAUUGUCUCCCUGUAAUUCAUGAAGUCCAUGGGGGGAUGCAGAGAACCACUCACAGACUGUGGGAAAAGGUGCUCACGCCAGAGCAGGUGGAUGCUGCAAAAGCUGUAAUCCAGUGGAAGACCUGAACGGAGAAAGAGGGCCCUUGCUUCCAGAGAUAAAGAGGACUCUUGCUUCCAAACUAGAGCAGCUUAUCUUUAGAAGACUACACCCCAUGGACUAAUGACCCAAGCCUGCAGUUUUGGGAAAACUGCUUUGCCAAUGGGAGGGACUCAUGUUACAGCAGGUUGGGGGGGACUGAUACUCAUGAAAUUAGAACCACGCUGGAGAAGUUCACAGACAACUGUCUCCCAUGGGGAGGACCCCACAGCACAGCAGGAAAAAGAGACUCCUUUCCCUAAGCGAACUGAAGAAAGGUUUCGAGUGAAGAACUGACCAAAACCCUCACGCCCUGUCUCCUUGCACUGUUGGUGGGAAGGAGGGAGGGGCUGGGGGGGGAAAAGGUAUUUUAAAGGCUUCUUUUAUUCCUCAUUAUCCUCCUCUGACUCUGUUAAGAAUAAAUUUACUUUAUACCUUUAGGUUUGAACCUGUUUUGCCCUUAGAGUGUUUUCUCCUAAUCCUUAUCUCAACUCAUGAACCCUUCGUUAUGAUUUUCAUGAGUACCUGAUAUUUUAACCAAUAUCAAAUGACAGCACAAUGCCAGGGAGCAGAGGGAAUAUGAGAAAGCCUGUCCCUGGGCUCCUCUGUGCUGGUGAUGAGGCAUUGUUAGGCAAAGCUUGGCAAGAAUGCUGACAGAUGAAGGCACAAUAGGCAGCAUAAGAUACACACACUUCAAAAUGUUCAAUACAAGUCUCUCUGUUGGCAGUUGUCUCAUUCUUGCUCUGGAGGGUUUGGAAAUUUCCUGAGAAUCUGGAAAAGGCUUUUUUCUGCAAAGUACCUACCAUGCAUGUGGGCCAUCUGCCAGUGGGGGACAUUCACCUUCUUGUUAUUCCUCAAGGCCAGUGGAAAUGUGACAGCAUCUCCAGCAGCAAAGACCCCUGGGAUGUUGGUCUGCAUCAUCUGCAGGGGGGAACAGAGGUGGGCAUUAGUGGGGUUUGCACUCUACGUGAACAGAAACUCCAGAGCUGGAGUGGUCCAGUGCUGCCACAAUCCCCCAGAACACAGGGAAAACCUCUGCCUGGCUGCGGGACCCCCAGGGGAGAUUUCAUUCAGCCUUCUUCACUUUCAAAUGAGAACACACAGGCAGGGACCUACAGUAUCCCUUGGCCAGUGGGUUAUAGAGUAAAAAGAGAUAUGGACUGGUGUCCUGGAGCCCCUCUCAGAAGUCUGAAAUUUGUUGGUGUUUGCAGAUAGAGCCCAGCUUAUUGCAGGCAUGAGCAUAAGCUCAGUGGCACUGAGCCCUACCUCCCAACACACUCCUUUGCCCAUUGCACCAACUCCCACCAGCUCCAACACUGCUCCCAUCACAGUCACUGGUGGUAGGGAGAAAGGAUGAGAUCCUUUAGGAUCCUUGAAAAGAUGGAUCUUUCUCAUUUUUUUCCCCUUUAAAUAUCCACAGCACUCCAGGACAGCUCAGAGCCAGACCCAAGCCAGAGCAUCCAGGUCUCAGGUUUGCACACCCCCAUUUGCAGAGGGGGGUCCCAGGCACUCCUGGUGACGCUCCCAGAAUCUUAGCAUCUCACUGAAUAUCCUGAGAUGAAAGGGAACCCGCAAGGGUCAUCAAGUCCAGUUCCUGGCCCUGCACAGGCCAACCCAAAGAAUUCCAAAAUUCCAAUUCUGCCAAUCUUAGCAGAUAAAAGGCCAUGAAAAGCCCCUGGCAGCAGUUUGGAACCCUAGGGAAGGUCAUCCAUCAGAAGAGCUGACCCCGCUCCUCCUGCUCUCCCUCCUGUGGGGGCUGCCCCUGGGCUCACCUUGUUGACCACGAUGAAGCCCUUGGAGUCAAUGUUGAUGCCACUCUGCUUGAGGAAGCCUGUCGCUGGGACUGCGCCUGGGGGAGAAGCCAAAGGCUGCUGCUGCAGUAUCUGGUGUUGCACAGCCCUGGAGGAUGAUCCCAAAGCUAGCAGGUCCCCUCCUGCCAGGACAGUGGGGCUGCCCCCAGGGACAGGCAGCAGCUGCUCUGGGAGUGUGGAGCAGGGCCAGGUAUCCUAUAGAGCCCCCACUGCAUCAGCCUCUGGCCCCCCAGGAUCCCUGUCCUGCCCAAGCCACCAGUGUAACCUGCCCACCGCCCUUUUCCUUUUCUAGUGCUUGGAGAUAAUUUUCAAUUUAAUUCUCCUUUAUAGAUAUUUUGAAAAAAAUUAUAUUUAGAACGGAACCUUCGAGUUUCCAGCCAGGGCUCCUCAGCCUCCCCCCAGUCUGUACAUUUCCUUCACCUUCCUUCUCCUUUUUUCAUCAUUUUUUUACCUCUAGCCUUUUCACAAAUCAGAGUAGCCAAUAAAAACAACAAAACCAAAAUUAAACUAAUUCUGCUGCAUUUUGAAAAGAGGGGAGGAAAGGGAAUUCCCCCUCCCCACCCCCCCCCCCUCCCCCCCCGCAAGUGUACAGGAGAAAAAUAUCAUAUUCUAUGGGGUAUUUUUUUAUGUUUUAGUAUGAGAUACAUUUUUGGUUGUUGUCAGCAGCAAUUAAAAAGAAAAAAAAACACAUUAAAAAAAUUCUGUUUGGGGAAGCUUUAAUAAAAAACAGCUUGAGAGGAUGAAA